GUGGCACUGGACAGUGGACUCUGACCUGGGACAGUGCAGCUCUCAGCCUCACUGUCCUGUCACGAACUGUCCCUGACACCCCGGCCAUGCUGUCUCCCGGGGCUGUGUUCUUCUUCACCCUGCUCCUGGCAGCGGGUUCGCUGGGCCAGAGGGCUCGAAAGCCCCCAAGGCCUCCAUCCCCCAUCAGCACAAUCCAGGCCCAGGCCAGUUUCAGUGCUCAGCAGUUUGCAGGGACAUGGUUCCUUGUGGCUGUGGGCUCUGCCUGCCACUUCCUGCAGGAACAUGGCUACCAGGCUGAGGCCACUGCAUUGCACACAGCUCCCCAGGGUGCAGCCAUGGCUGUCAGCACCUUCCGCAAGCUAGAUGGGAUCUGCUGGCAGGUGCGCCAGCUCUUUGGAGACACAGGGGUCCCUGGCCGCUUCUUACUGCAAGCCCAAGGGACUAGUGGGCCCGUUCAAGUGGUUGUUGCUGAGACUGACUACCAGAAUUUCGCCAUCCUGUAUCUGGAGCGGGCACGGAAGCUGUCUGUGAAGCUAUAUGCUCGCUCACUGCCUGUGAGUAAUUCUGCCCUGAGUGUGUUUGAGCAGCGAGUCAGGGGGGCCAACCUGACAGAGGACCAAGUCUUCUUCUUCCCCAAGUAUGGUUUCUGCAAGACUGCGGACCAGUUUCACAUCCUGGAUGAGGUACGGAGACGAGGCUAGCGUGUAGGAGAAGCUGUCGACAGUGGACUACCCUCCUCAGAGAAUUCCGAGCAUCCUGAGUAUGCCGCCCGAGUCUCUCCUGUCUGCCCCCGGAAGUACCCCAUCACACAGCUUUGUUGUCUUGGGGCUCCUCAGUAAACAUCAGACUUGU